ACCUUCAAUUUUCAGGCCGGCAGCUCUUUUCGUUCACUUCCACGGACUUCUGUGGAGCUCUCGCUUUCUCCUUCAGCUUCCUAGCUUCAAAAUGAAGUUCUCCCUUCUGACCCUCGGCGCUCUCGCCAUCUCUGCCCAGCAGGCCUCCGCCUUGCGCGGCAACGAUGGAAGGUCCUCCCGGGUUAUUGAGAAAGAAGCCGAAGUCGCGAAGAACGUUUGCUUGACCACACCCCUCAGCUUCGACAUUGCCGAGGCGGGCCAGUCUGUCACCUUCAAGUGCGAUAAAACCCUCAAAUACCUGGACCCAGCGCUCGACUCCAAGAAUCCGAAGAUGUAUAAGGGAUCCAAUCCUGUCACCAUUCACGAUUUCCUUCCCAGCGCGUCACUCACAGAAGUCACGGCCGCUGCUGAUGACCAGGUGUCCGAGACGCAACGGGGGUCCAACGGAUCAGAUUCUGAGAAGGAGAAGGAGUACAAGUUCACAGUUCCCACCUUGCCCAGUGAACAGCAAGACCUUCAUGUCUAUUGCAAAGCGGUGGACCCAUCAACAGCUGAAAGAACCGAAAACCCAAAUGCGUGCCAGGUUACCUUCCACAUCGCUUCCUCGGCUGUCCGCCCCUUCCUGGCUGCGGGUGUUGUUGCUGGUGUCAUUGCUUCUGUGUUGCAGUUCGCCUAAACCUGUCAUUUACCUCCAGUAAACAUGCCUGCUUAUCCAUGUGGGCUGCUUUACGAAUCAGGAUUUAUUCCGUGUUUAUUCGCGUGUGGGUAUGCAAAUGUAAGUGCAGCGAUGGGUGGCUAGCCGCCACAUCAUGGUACGCCCCUAUGAUGAGGAUUGGUUUCCGUACGGCUUCAGUAACUUUCCGUCCUCUGCUACAAACCAAUUCCAUCAUUUUUUUGCCGGGCAUAUAUCUCCGCUUUUUUGGCUACCCGACCCCGUACAAUACGCCCCGUCGAAUCAUGUCGGCAGCUACACCGUUUUCCAAGAAGCGUCCCGGCAUGACACGGCUUUCCUUUCGCUUGGUUCAUUUACAGAAGAGAUUCCUGUACGUUUCACUUCCGCUAUUCUCGUGUAAUGCCGUGCCUUCGCUACAAGCACUCGACCACACGCGCAGGGCUGUCUCCCGCAACGGCUGUUUCACUGUCUGUACCAUUAGAGCAUAUGAUGAACUCGGAUGUUGCUUUUCCGUACAGCACUAGAACAAGUUUCGCCGUUUCGCAAAACACACUCUAUUUGAGUUUCGUAUGGCUACUACCACGUUUUUUACAUCUAGGGUCCGCCGCGGCUCACAUCACUAGUUACGCAUGAACGAACAUGCUGCGGUCGUGCGGAAAGCUCGCCUGCGACCCCUCGACGUCUUUUCCUAUUAUCCCUUGUCGACUUGUGAUACACUUGCGCAUGCAAGUGGAGAACGACAUCCGCUAGUGACUUCGACCACAACGCAGAAACAUCGUAAGUUACUUUUUCCCCCCUAAAAUUACCUUGUUAAUCUUCCUCCCUUCGCAGGUCUCGAUAGCUUCGCUCGUGGAUGUCCUUGAGGAAAGCCUUUGUAGCGUCUGAAAUCUCUGCUGUUGAGUCGAUCCUUUCGAUGGCUAGACACUGUGAUGUUGCGGAUGAACCCUUGGAGAUAGAAGAAGCACAUAUAUAUAGAUAGAUAUUUUUAAAUGG